GCCCACUAUAAAUAAAAUAAUACAUUUCAUUGUCUAUUUUUUCUUGUAAUCCAUAAUUUUUUGUAUCAUUGUAUAAUCAUGAUUUUUUCAUUUUCUUGCAAUCGGAAUUUCCUCCUCAGGAUAUCAAGGAACUGAAGUUUCUUAUUUGAUGGUUCAUCACACAAAUUUUGUGAUAAUUAAUGGAUGCAUUUAUUUGGAGAAAAACGGGGGAACAACAACGCAUGAGAAAGAGAAUAUAACUUCACCUUUAUAAAAUCUUUACUUGCACCAAAAUGAGUUAGUUCUUUACAUUAGAACUAGUAAAUCAUAUCCAAAAUUCAAAUGCUUACGUUUAAGCUUGUGACAAUGACAAUUCCUCAAUCCAUAUACCAUUCUUUCUGUAAUCUGUCUCUCAUAUCUAAAUGCUCAAUCUCUACCACACAAUCCUUAGCAGUCAUAGCAUUAAUUCUCAUACUACUUUACUUAUGUUUUAGACCUCAGACAGUGUAUCUUAUUGACUAUGUUUGUUAUAUGCCUCCUGAUCAUUUGCGCAUCCCUUACUCUCAUAUGGUAGAACACUUUGAACUAUGCAACUUUGACAAAGAAACAUUAGACUUUGAAACCAAAGUGCUAGAAAGGUCCGGUAUUGGAGUCGAGGCUUGCAUGCCAGAAUCAGUUCACGAGCUCCCCCCAAAUGAUUCCAUGAAGUCUGCACAAGCAGAAGUUGAACUGGUUCUUUUCAAAGUUGUCAAAGAUCUACUUUCCAAGCACAAAGUGAAUCCUAAAAGCAUUGACAUCCUGGUGUCAAAUUGUAGCCUAUUUUGUCCUACACCAUCCAUUGCAUCUAUGAUCAUAAACAAGUUUGGAUUCAGGAGCAACAUCAAGAGUGUCAACCUAAGUGGAAUGGGUUGCAGUGCUGGAUUGUUGUCAAUAGACUUAGCCAAAGAUCAGUUGAGAGUUCACAACAACUCAUUGGCUCUAGUUCUUAGCAUGGAGGCUGUAGCUCCAAAUGGCUACAGAGGUAAUGACAAAUCCAUGCUUAUUGCCAAUGUAUUGUUUCGAAUGGGAGGAGUAGCCAUUUUAUUAUCUAACAGAAAACAAGACAAGCUAGUUGCCAAGUACAAGCUUCAACAUCUUGUGAGAACCCACACAGGAUCAAAUGACCAAGCAUAUAAGUCUGUUUACCAAGAAUCUGAUGAAAACGAGAUGGUGGGUGUUUCCCUCUCACGAUCACUUCUUACUGUAGCUGCUUCAGCUUUGAGGACUAAUAUAACAACCUUAGGUCCUCUUGUCUUGCCAUAUUCAGAGCAAUUGUGCUUUGGAUGGUCAGUGAUUUGCAACAAAAUAUGGCCCAGAGGGAGAAAAGAAAUCUAUGUGCCAAAUUUUAAGAAGGCUUUUGAACAUUUCUGUAUACAUGCAGGAGGUAAGUCAGUCAUAGAUGUCAUAGAGGAAAGUCUUAAGCUGCAGAAGAAAGACGUUGAAGCCUCAAGGAUGACAUUAUACAGAUUUGGCAAUACUUCAUCUUCUUCUCUGUGGUAUGAACUUUGCUAUUUGGAGGCAAAAGGAAGGGUGAAGAAAGGAGACAGGGUGUGGCAAAUUGCCUUUGGAAGUGGAUUCAAGUGUAACAGUGCAGUUUGGAAGUGUCUUUCUGAUACUGAUCCAAAUAUAAGAAAUGUUUGGUCAGAUAGAAUCCAUUUGUAUCCAGUUGAGAUACCUGUGUUUGACUGUUGAAUUUGUAAUAGGUUUGAAAAACGUUCACUUAGACAGUCAUUGGAUAUCAUACCUCGCUUAUAUUAUAUGACCAUGA